AUGAAUUACCCAUGGUCUAAAGAUGUGGCCAAGGCCUUACGACGCACUUUCAUGCUCCAAGAAUUUCGCACCAAUCAGCUCGAAGCGAUCAAUGCCACUCUAGGUGGCAAGGAUGUCUUCUGUCUGAUGCCAACAGGUGGUGGCAAGUCCCUCUGCUAUCAGCUUCCGGCCCUCAUCGACUCUGGUACGAGCAAAGGCGUGACAGUCGUCGUCUCCCCGCUACUGUCGCUAAUCCACGAUCAAGUGCGUCAUCUACUGAACCUGACGAUUCCAGCUCUCAUGCUGACCGGAGACAUGCAAGGCGUGAAUCGCGAAUUUGCGCUUUCGGAACUCUUUUCGAAAGAACCCACGACUCGAUUAGUGUACGUCACACCUGAAUUUGUCGGUCGGUCUCGGCAGGCUCAAGACGUUUUCACCUCGCUCAACAACAAGGGUCGGCUCGCCCGCUUCGUCAUUGACGAGGCUCAUUGCGUGUCCCAAUGGGGACACGACUUCAGACCAGACUAUGCGGCCCUCGGCAAGCUGCGAGAGCAAUUUCCUGAUGUACCUAUGAUGGCAAUGACUGCCACUGCCAAUCUCCGGGUGAAGACAGAUGUCGUCGCUUCUCUGAAGAUUAAAGACUGCAGAGUCUUCGAGUCAUCCUUCAACCGACCCAACCUGCGCUACGAAGUGAGAGACAAGAGCGGCAAGACCGUCGUUGCAGACAUCGCCAAAUUCAUCCAGGCGUCGCACAAGGGCCAGUGCGGGAUUGUAUACUGUCUCUCGAGGCGAGCUUGCGAGGAGGUUGCUGAAAAGCUCUCUAGGGAACAUGGUCUCGAUGCUCAACAUUAUCAUGCCGCUCUGGGCAAGACGGACCGGCUAGCCAUCCAAGAAGCCUGGCAGGCUGGGAAGUUCAAGAUCAUCGUAGCCACUAUUGCGUUUGGCAUGGGCAUCGACAAGGGCGACGUGAGGUUCGUCGUCCACCAUACUCUGCCUCAAUCGCUCGAGGGCUAUUAUCAGGAGACUGGUCGAGCUGGGAGAGAUGGCAAGAGCUCUUCAUGUAUACUUUACUUUAGCUACAAGGACACGGGCACCAUCAAGAGGAUGAUCGACGAUGGGGAUGGCACAGAGGAUCAAAAGGAGCAACAGCACGGCAACCUGCGACGAGUGGUACAGUACUGCAUGAACAAAAGUGACUGCAGGAGAUCACAGGUCCUCCAAUACUUCGGCGAGGUAUUCCCCUCGGAGUCCUGCCAUCACACCUGCGACAAUUGCUGCUAUUCCGCCGCCAACCAUCAGCAAGCCGUCUUACAGGAUCUCACAGUGCAAGCCCGACAUGCAGUGGAGCUGGUGAAGGAUCUCAGUCGGCCUGCUGGGCCUGUGCGUGGAGGGGCAAAGGGCGGUUGCACGCUGCUCCAUUACGUCGAUGUCUUCCGAGGCUCACAGUCAAAGGCAAUCCGCACCAAAAACCAUCACAUGCACAAGAGGGCUGGCGCAGGUUGCUCGAUGAACAGAGGAGACGUGGAGAGGCUGUUUCAGGAGCUGACCAUUCGCGGUGUCUUCAACGAGAGGUCAGAGAUCAAUGCCGCUGGGUUCGCCAAUGCAUACCUGGAGACACCUGACGUCCCUCUUCCCUACAGCUUGGUCCUGAAGCAGACUCUCUCGUCGACGGCGGCAUGA